AUGGCGGUAUUCAACGUAUUCCGUGUCAUCGCCGACAUCGCCCAUCUUGCAUCUGUCUGUGUAUUGGUAUGGGCAAUUCAUAGGAAUAAGAGUGCUGAGGGCGUUUCGCUCCUCACGCAGUUGCUUUAUGCCCUCGUCUUUUUCACUCGCUAUUUGGACUUAUUUUCGAGCUACUCAUGGUCCUUUAGCUACUAUGGAGCCGGAGUACUAUGGAACACCCCCUUCAAGCUUGUGUUCCUUGCCUCCUCUUCCUACCUCAUUUUUCUGAUGAUGCGGGUCUAUCCUCGGACAAGAGAGAGAGAACGUGCCUGGAAGCUCGGUAUAUGGUCGGUAAUUGGCUCAGUGGUCAUUGCUCCAAUUGCUAUCGCCAUUACGUACAAAGGAUUUCCUUCUUUCUGGCUGAGCGAGUUAUUCUGGGCAUUCUCGAUUGUUCUUGAAUCGGUGUGUGUGCUGCCGCAGCUCCUUCUUCUGCGCCAAACUACGGUUCCCACCGUGAUCGACUCCUACUAUCUUGCGUGUCUGGGAUCCUAUCGAGCACUCUAUAUUCUCAACUGGAUGGUGCGUGGGUUUGGCUCCGAGAAGCACUGGGAUCCCAUUGCAUUGAUCUUUGGUAUCAUCCAAACCGCUUUCUAUGUCGACUUUGCCUGGGUAUACUAUUCACGCCAGCGCGUGAAGCUCCGCAACGGUGGCGUGGUGGACUCGGAUGACUAUAACAAGAGCUGGAUAGUCAACCGUGUGGUCAAUUUCCGUGCUCGGCGCACGUCGACCGAUGAGGAGCAAUAUCUCCGGGAAGAGGAGACGGAAGGAGACGGCCAGCCCAACACCAACAGAUGGGGCGCACGCGGUAUCUCUGUGGCGGCGGAUGACACCUUGGAAAAUCACGGGCACGAUCAUGAAGAUGGUCUAGAAGGAUUCUCGGAUGAAGAUGACCUCGUCCCAGAUGCUCGCCAAGGUCGUUGA